AUGGACGACCCGGUCAGCAGUCAGCCAGGUGAGAGUGCUGCGGUGGAGGAGCAGACGGAGGCGGAGGAGGAGGAGGAGCCCCUGAAGGGCUUCCUGGAGGAGAUCAACUGCCCGGAGCCGGGCAUCAUAGAUCGUCAGAUGAUCGAAACCGCCUAUUUGGAGGAGGGCCAAAAGGGCGAGGCGAGAAGACUCCACCAACUGGAACCAGUGGUCUAUGAUCGCAUUACCACCAUGCGAUUGGAAUUCAAAAACAUCCUUAGGAUCGACCAUCUCUGGAUGAUGCCGAAUCUCACAAAGCUCUGUUUGAACUGCAACAAAAUCGAGGUGAUUGAGCACCUCGAAAUGCUGACUGCCCUCACGGAUCUGAAUCUCAGCUUCAACUACAUCACGCGGAUUGAGAAUCUGGAGGCACUGGUCAACCUGGAAAAGCUCUCCCUGUUUAGCAAUCGCAUCAGGAAAAUCGAAAGCAUACACACUUUGCAGAAACUUGUUAUCCUUAGCAUUGGAAACAACCUCAUCGAUACGGUGGAAGGCAUCGAACGAUUACGUUUUGUGAGCAGCCUAAAAGUUCUUAAUUUAGAGGGUAAUCCCAUUGCUAAGCAGCCGGAUUUUCCAUUGUCCCUCUAUGUGACCGCCAUCCUGCCCCAGCUGAACUACUACGAAUACGUUUUCAUCAAGGCGGAGACGCGGGAGGAGGCCCAAAAAAGAUUCUAUCGAGAGCUGCGCGAAAUCGAGGACAAGCAGGAGCGCGAGAUUCAGGGCCUGGAAACGGAGGCCCGUGAAAUGGCCGAGGCGGAUCGGCUGGCCUCCAGUUUUGUGGAGCACCUGGAUGGUCAGCAGCUGUACGAUUCCCUGUGGCGAGACGAUGGGAAUGGACGCAUCCUGAUGCUGGUGGGUGCACCUGCUCAAGAGCUGUGCGAGGAGUAUUCCAAGGAUGUGUACGAGCUCACGCAGCAGAUCUACCGCCUGGGCUUGGAGCGCUUCGGCGAACGCGACGAGGAGAUACGCGACUUCAAUGCCAACCUGCAUGAGGGACAGGAGGAGCUGCAGGCACAAGGACAAAAGCAAAUCGAAGAGUUUCUGCAGUACAAGGAGCGAACCUUCGACGAGAUGCGCCUGAAGUGGAGAGAGCUGGAUCAACGGGACGAUGAUCUGGAGGAGUUGCAGGCCCAGCUGGACACCCUAACGGCCCACUUUGAGGAUGCGCUGACCGAGAUGUGGGAAAGUCUGAUGGCUCAGGAGCUCCAUUUGCACGAGGCGGUUGAGGACUCUACGCUAAACUUUAAUCGCAAGAUCUCCGACCUUAUGGCCAACUUUGUGGAGCAGGCCCAGGUGAUCUUCCAGCAGCUGCGCGAUCUUUGUAGCCACUUUGCCGACAACAUGACGGACAUUGUCACCCAGUUUCUGUCCACCAAGCUGGCUCGCAAUGAACUGAAUGCCAUUCCCGAAGAGCUUAUGCAGUGUUUGGAUGAUCGAGAGGCGGUGCUUCAGCUGGUGGAGGGCAUGAGGACGUCCCACGCAUCGCGAGUGGAUGAACGUGAGGAUCGCAUGGCUCAACGCAGCAGGCAGUUCAUAGAUGACAUGAUCAUGAAUCUUAACAACAAAGAGGUGGAUCGCCAUCGCGCCAAGAUUCUAGAGAUCAAUUCUUUUAUGGAAAUGAUGACAGAGGCUUUGGCCAAUCUGCCAGGUGAAUUGCACCAGGAAGCCCCUUCGGAUUAAUUUAAUACAAAUUUACAU